AUGGCUGCUGCUAGGACCAACGCUCAGAUCGCAGAAGCUUUGGCUACGUUGACUAUUUUAGUGGCAAGGGAUAAUGACCCUGGAAGGGAUAGCGAGAAAAGAUUGGAAAGGUUUAUGUCACAUAAACCGACUUUGUUUACCGGAGGGUACAACCCGGAGGGAGCUAUCAAGUGGAUCGAGGAAUUAGAGAUUAUCUUCGAAGCCAUGGGAUGCACAGAGGAAAACAAGACUGUUUUGGGGACGUAUGUGCUAAGAGAGGAGGCAAACGUCUGGUGGAAGAAUGUCAAGCUGAGAAUUGGAUUGGAAGGUUUUGCUAUUAUGUGGGAAGUUUUCAAACGGGAAUUCUUGAGGAAGUAUUUCCCGGCUGAUGUGAAGAACAAGAAAGUGCUUGAGUUUAUGGAACUCAAACAAGGAAAUCUAUCGGUCGCUGAGUAUUCGGCUAAGAAAGGAUUUGUGAUGAGGAUAGCAAGGCCAAGACCAACUACUAUAAGGCUCUGA